AUGCCAGCGAUCUCCAACUCUGUUCUCCCGUACGUUUCGCAGCGCAUUGUGGUGUUGCGCCAUGGCGAGCGGCGCGAUAGCUUCCCUGGUGCUCCAGCCGAGUCUAACCCGCCUUUGACAGAGGCUGGCGUGGCUGCCAUCAAGGCACUCGCAGCUCGUCUCCAGCACCACCUCGGCAAAGAUGCAGCCCACUCUGCUGCCAUUGUUGUUUCGCCGUUUCUUCGCACACUGCAGACGGCAGAGGCGCUGCAGCACCACGGCGUCGGAGCGGCGCACUCCAUGGUGAUUGACAACACCCUAGCCGAGGUGUUUGGCCCAAUCCGUGUUAAGGCAUCACGUGCACCGAGGCUGCCGAUACCGUCGACGUCGCGCGUUGUCGGGCGACUGCCCGCGUGGGGGGAGCCCAUCGAAAUGGCGACGAAGCGGUACGUCACCAGCUUUCUACGGAACGGCGACUUCUACGGCGGACUUAUGACGGCUACCAGCUCCCUCAACGAUGCGUCUCGCAGCAGUGGAGACGAGUUGCCGACUUCACCAGGUGCCACCGUCCCAGAAGCCGUCACAAAUCGGCGAGUGGGCCGGCUGCCGCCGCGCAACACGUCAACAAAAUCGGUGGCGAGCGGAAAGGAGAGAAGCUCGAGCAUGUUGUCAGAAUCCCCACCUCGCGACGUUAUUCUCGUCACUCACGGCGACGCGCUCGGCUCUGUCAUCGAGCACUUCUACCCCGCACGCGUCGUCUACGAGACGAAUUUUUUGGGAUUUGUAAUCAUGCGGCGCUACGGUGUUGGGAACCAGGUGUACCACCUGGAAAAAUCGGAGGGGGUGAGCUGGCUCGUAGAAGGCGUCGAUGCAGAGCCACGGGACCCGAUCCUGCUCAUCCUGGAGAAGCAGCGUUGCGCCGCGGAGGGCGGCCGCGGCAGCGGGUAUGGCAACGGUGACGAAGACGAGUGCACCAGCUUCGAAGACGAAUCCGAUCAAGUAGACAGCGGCGCGGAGGUGCCGUUAGGCUUCGCUGGCGGUCGCCUGCGUGCGAAGCGGACCGGUGUUUUUCCUGAUAGAUCGCACGCGAAGUGCCGUGUCUCGUCCACUACAGGACGUCGCAUGGAGGCAGUCCCCUCGAUGCAUGCAGCAAACCCACUCGCGCUCACCAGCAGGCUGCCCACAAAGGUCGUCUCAAAAAUCGAAGACCCCAAGGACAUCUCUUCAAGCCUGCCGACACAGGUGCGCACGCCUCCGAAGCCGCCACCGCAAAUGCCGACGUCCGGGAACCAUCACCAAGUCCACAUGCCCGGCAGUGCGUCGCAGAAUCACUCCAGCGGUCAGUCCCGGACCGCCGCCGCUGCGGCCGCUUCUGCACCUGCACACUCUCAGCUGCCUCAUGAGUACCCAAAAGCCGGCGAAGGCUGUGAAAGGAUCCGCUUGCCCACCGGAACACCCGCACAGUCUUCGAGCAACUCAGUCACUAUCAACAAUUAUGGGCGCAACCUAGGUGAAUGUGGGGAAGACACGGAGGCCGUUGGAAGUGGCAGCGGCUGCCUUCAGCGCAUGGAAAGCAGAACACCGCUGGAAGAAGGCGGCUCGGUGGCAGGCCUCUGGUACAGGGAGGAGGGCCGGGAUGCUGAGAAGGGCGUCAUGCCGGAGGACGCGUACGGCGACUCCACAUUCCCUUUCAUGAGCAGCUGCGGAGGACUCUCCGAGGAGCUUAGGACGAAUCGCUCGGUACGGCCGUCUGCGAUACCGGCCACGUUGGUGUCCGCCACAGCGACGUCGCGGAUCGACGGAUCACCACCGUCGCCGCACCUGGAAAUGAAGGUUACCGUAGCAAGUCCUGUGGUAUGUGCAUCGUACAGCAGUACCCUCAGGGGUCUCGCCGGCAAGAGCGUCGAGGCGGGCCUUGACGAGGAUGCCACCUUGGGACGCGGAGGUGCCCUCCGGACGAUCUGCACACACCCUGCUUUUGACACCGCUGGCGCCGUCGAUGCUUCAGGCGACUUGACGGAGUCACUGAACCGGCGGAUCGACCGACAGCGAAGUGUAUUUUAUGCCGCAUUUGUCUCCACCGGAUUGCGAGGUGUGGCAACUUUUCUCAUCUUAUUCAAUGUGCUCGUGCAACCCCGCAACACGGCAACGCUGUGGUUCGGCGUCUUUGCAGUUGCCUGGGAGGUAGUAUUUGCGGCAGUCGUGUACUUCUCUUGCCAGCCUGACGGCUGGCGCAUGCGACGCCUUCGCAGCGCCGUAGAGCAGCUGCGCCUGAAGGGGUUUCGCGCAAAAGGCAGGGCCACCGCCGCCGGGCCUCAGUGUGCUGCGAUCGACGGCGCUGGCUCGCACGACGACGCCGGUAACGUCCCUUUGAGCGGGCAGUCACCGCAUCAUCUCGACUGCGCCAGCCCCGGCGGGGCAGAGUACAUAAGCGCAGUGGAGUGGCAGAACGGCGCCGGCGACCUCGACGAGGAUUUGUCGACGACGGACCACGUUCCAAAGGGGACCAUGACAUGCGUCUUGUGCGGGGCUUGUCUGAUCGCUGCAAUCGUGCUCAAGCUGCUUAUCAUCAGCGCCAUGAGUUUCGUCUCUGCGCUUCUCUGCGGAUUGAGUGCGCUUGAGGCGAUGGCAGGCAUUUGGAACAUGUAUGAACCGACAGCUGGUCUUCUGCUGUCGCUGACGUAUGGGUGUAUCUGCGUGGCACGUGGGCUGUGGGACGAGAAAAAGCUGAACGCCGCUCUCGACAGCGCGUGA